AUGGUGCUGGGUCUCUACAUGGUGCUGGGUCUCUACAUGGUGCUGGGUCUCUACAUGGUGCUGGGUCUCUACAUGGUGCUGGGUUUCUACAUGGUGCUGGGUCUCUACAUGGUGCUGGGUUUCUACAUGGUGCUGGGUUUCUACAUGGUGCUGGGUCUCUACAUGGUAUUGGGUCUCUACAUGGUCCUAGGUCUCUACAUGAUGCUGGGUUUCUACAUGAUGCUGGGUUUCUACAUGGUCCUAGGUUUCCAUUCUGUCCUGGGUCUCUACAUGGUGCUGGGUCUCUACAUGGUGCUGGGUCUCUACAUGGUGCUGGGUCUCUACAUGGUGCUGGGUUUCUACAUGGUGCUGGGUCUCUACAUGGUAUUGGGUCUCUACAUGGCCCUGGGUUUCCAUUCUGUCCUGGGUCUCUACAUGGUGCUGGGUCUCUACAUGGUGCUGGGUCUCUACAUGGUGCUGGGUUUCUACAUGGUCCUAGGUUUCCAUUCUGUCCUGGGUCUCUACAUGGUCCUGGGUCUCUACAUGGUGCUGGGUCUCUACAUGAUGCUGGGUUUCUACAUGGUGCUGGGUCUCUACAUGGUCCUGGGUCUCUACAUGGUCCUGGGUCUCUACAUGGUCCUGGGUCUCUACAUGGUCCUAGGUUUCCAUUCUGUCCUGGGUCUCUACAUGGUGCUGGGUCUCUACAUGGUGCUGGGUCUCUACAUGGUCCUGGGUCUCUACAUGGUCCUGGGUCUCUACAUGGUCCUGGGUCUCUACAUGGUCCUAGGUUUCCAUUCUGUCCUGGGUUUCUACAUGGUGCUGGGUCUCUACAUGAUGCUGGGUAUCUACAUGGUGCUGGGUCUCUACAUGGUGCUGGGUCUCUACUUGGUCCUAGGUCUCUACAUGGUCCUGGGUCUCUACAUGGUCCUAGGUCUCUACAUGGUCCUGGGUCUCUACAUGGUCCUGGGUCUCUACAUGGUCCUGGGUCUCUACAUGGUCCUGGGUUUCUACAUGGUGCUGGGUCUCUACAUGGUCCUGGGUCUCUACAUGGUGCUGGGUCUCUACAUGAUGCUGGGUUUCUACAUGGUGCUGGGUCUCUACAUGGUGCUGGGUUUCCAUUCUGUCCUGGGUCUACAUGAUGCUGGGUUUCUACAUGGUGCUGGGUUUCUACUUGGUCCUGGGUCUCUACAUGGUGCUGGGUCUUUACAUGGUCCUGGGUCUCUACAUGGUGCUGGGUCUCUACAUGGUCCUGGGUCUCUACAUGGUCCUAGGUUUCCAUUCUGUCCUGGGUCUACAUGA